AUGAAUCUUACAGAGCUGAAUCAGUUGGAUUACUGUCUCAACAUCUCCUGUACAGAGAGACCUGGAUCUCCUGCAGUUUAUAUUUUACUGUAUGUUUCUGCUGCUAUUGUGGUUCUACUAACACUGGGUGGAAAUCUGCUGGUCAUCAUCUCUGUUUUUCACUUCAAAAAGCUUCAUACACCCACCAACAUGCUCGUGCUCUCUCUGGCCAUAUCAGAUUUCCUCAUCGGAGCUUUAGUGAUGCCUCAAUUAUUAAUCUGGACAAUUGAGUCCUGCUGGAUUAUAGGUCAAAGGUUUUGCAUAAGCUUUUCACUCUCUACAACCUUCCUGACAUCCAUAUCCAUAUACAAUGUUGUUCUGAUUGCUGUUGAUCGAUAUUUUGCUCUCUCAAACCCGUUUCUCUACAUGAACAAAGUCUCAGUGAUGAGGAUUAAUGUUGUAAUUGUUAUUAACUGGUGUGUGUUGAUGGUAUACAGCUUUGUACUGCUUUAUUUUAAUGGAAAUGUUACAAAUUGGACAAAAUGUCCAGAAACAUGUUUAAUCAUUAUGAAUGAGGUUUGGUCUGUAAUUGAUCUUGUAUUGAUGUUUAUUUCUCCAUGUUCUGUAAUAAUCAUUUUGUAUUCUGGAGUUUUUGUGAUUGCUAAGAAACAUGCCACUGCUAUCAGAGAGCUUAGUAAACAAACAAGGUCUCAAACACACACCGAGUCCAUGAAAUCUGAGAGAAAAGCAGCUAAAGUUCUUGGCAUUUUAGUUUCUGUGUUUAUGGCCUGUUUAUUACCAUAUUUCAUUUAUAGUUUUGUAGGUGAAGCACAGUAUGUUCAGAAAUCUAUUAUUAUUAUUUAUCUUAAUUCCACCAUUAAUCCGGUGAUUUAUGCUCUGUUUUACCCCUGGUUUCGAAGGUGCAUUAAAAUAAUAAUAACACUACAAAUAUUUCAAACUGAUUCUGGAUUAAUAAAUGUUAUUUCAUAAAUUAAACUAUUUUAGACCUUAAGGUUCAGAUUCUAUCUUUAUGUGAAAAAAAUACAUUUAAAAGAUUGUACCAAAAUGUCAUGUAAGCCUGUAAUAAUGAGAUAACAUUUAAUUGAUGUGGUGCUCGUCCAGAACACUGAUACUUUUUUAUAAAUUGCUGAAUACUAGUUUAUUUUUCCACUGUUAAGCACCAUUAAGGAUGUUCUACCUG